AUUUUGGUCGCACGGUCAUCUUUAGAUUGGAUGCCGAGUCGAGUUAAUUCCUUGUACUCAGAUGUUGGAGCUUGGAGUGGAAAAUUUCGACCCGUAAUGGAUGAAAUUGAAUCCGACGAAGCUCUCCGAUUUUACCAGUUUCUAAAUUAUUUAGAUGGCGGUAGUUUUGGAACAGGACCUAUUGACGAAUUUGUUGAUGCUAUGAAUAGGCUGGCUUCGUAUAUGAAACAGCAAAAUAGUAGAGAAACUCAGGUUAGAGGUAUGCGAGAAUUAGAGGCAAUCAAUGGAGAAAAAGGUAACAGUAUUAAAACGGUUUUGGAAUUAAGUACAGUUAUAAUGCGAAAGAAACGCAAAUUCUUUUGUACUGGUGAAGUGAAGGAACCUAUAGUAAACAAUAAAAUAAUAUGCAAGGAUAGGAUUUUACUCCCCAUUGCCGGUACGUCAUGUAGAGACGCUAUAAUGUAUUGGCAUCCAGACUUAACUGAGGAACACUACUGCGUUGGUGCUUUAGAAUCCAAAAGUCCAGUACACAUAAUGGAUAUCGAAGGUGAGAUGUUCUGUAAGGGAGAUGAUUAUUCGAAACGUGAAUAUUUACUGGCAUGUGAUUUUUACGAAGACCAGGAAUCACCAGUUGCUGAUUUACUUCAAUAUUAUCCAGAUCCCGAUCCUGAAAUAAGUCCUAAAUUGUAUUAAUCUAUUAAAUGUUAAUACAAGA